GAAACUCCGCUCGCUCGGGCUGCUCCGUUAAGACAUCGAACCAACCCUCAUGUUCGUCCUGAAUGACGCAUGAGCCCAGCCAGUCCGCUCGGCUCAGCUCAGCUUAACUCGGAACCGUCCAGAGCAACAUGCAGGAUGGCGAGUGUGGAGACAGCCGCCGAACACGAACGUAUCCUGCGGGAAAUCGAGAGCACAGACACCAACUGUAUCGGACCGACCCUCCGGUCGGUGUACGACGGUCAGGAACAUGGGCUCUUCAUGGAGAAGCUGGAUGCGCGGAUCAGGAACCACGAUCGAGAGAUUGAGAAGAUGUGUAACCAUCACUUCCAGGGGUUUGUCGACUCCAUCACAGAGCUGCUCAAAGUACGAGGGGAGGCGCAGAAACUGAAGAGUCAGGUGACUGAAACCAACAGGCGUCUCCAGGAUGAUGGCAAAGAGCUCACCAGCUCCAUGGAGGAGCUCAAACUGUGCCGAGUGCAGCAGAGAAACAUCGCUACGACCAUAGACAAACUGACACACUGCCUCCCAGUCCUGGAGAUGUACAGCAGGCUACAGGAGCAGAUGAGGGCCAAAAGGUACUACCCAGCGCUGCGGACGCUGGAGCAGCUGGAGCAGACGUGUCUUCCCCGGGCCGGUCAGUACCGAUUCUGCUCCAUCAUGGCGGAAAACAUCCCCAAACUGAGGACGCAGAUCCGGGACACGGCCAUGACGCAGCUGAGGGACUUCCUGGAGAGCAUCCGGAAACAUUCGGACAAGAUAGGAGAGACCGCCAUCAAACAGGCCCAGUUGCAGCGCUCGUUGGACAGCUCCGUCUCCACGCAGCCCAGGGCCCUGAUUGGCCGACGCAGCAGAAAGGAGGUGGCGGUGGCGACAGCAGCUGGGACGGACGGCAGCGGACAGAGUGGCAGUCCGUUGUCCGAGCAGGACUCUGGCAUCCUGGAUGUGGAGGAUGAAGAGGAGGAUGAUGAAAUCCCCGGAGCUCACGACUUGGUGGAUUUCUCUCCGGUUUACCGCUGUCUGCACAUCUACACCGUGCUGGGUUUGCGUGAUGUGUUUGAGAACUACUACAGAAAGCAGAGGAGGAAACAGGCUCGCCUUGUGCUGCAGCCACACUCUAACAUGCAUGAAACUCUGGAGGGCUACAGGCGGUACUUCAAUCAGAUUGUCGGCUUCUUUGUUGUGGAAGAUCACGUCCUUCACACCACGCAGGGUUUGGUCAACAGGGCGUACGUGGAGGAGCUUUGGGAGUUGGCGCUGUCCAAAAUCGUCGCCGCCUUGAGGACGCACUCUUCUUACUGUGACAACCCUGACCUCGUGCUGGAUCUGAAGAACCUCAUUGUCCUGUUUGCUGAUACGCUGCAGGGUUAUGGCUUCCCAGUGUCCCAGCUGUUCGACAUGCUGCUGGAGAUGAGGGAGCAGUACGGAGAAAUCCUGCUCAAGAGGUGGAACAUCACCUUCAGGCAGGUGUUGGACCAGGACAACUACAGUCCAAUCCCAGUCUCAACAGAGCAGGAGUACAGACACUACACUGCCCAGUUUCCCCUGCAAGAUCCUGAACUGGAAAAGAUUCCCUUCCCCAAGAAGCUUCCCUUCUCUGAGUUUGUGCCAAAAGUCUACUGCCAGAUCAAAGAGUUCAUCUACGCUUGUCUGAAAUACUCUGAAGACCUGCACCUCAGUUCGACGGAGGUGGACGAUAUGAUCCGCAAGUCGACAAAUCUCUUGUUGACCAGAACCCUCAGCAACUGUCUGCACUACGCCAUUAAGAAGAAAAAUGUCGGGCUGGCAGAGUUGGUGCAGGUGAUCAUAAACACCACCCACCUGGAGCAGAGCUGCCACUUCCUGGAGGAGUUCAUAUCAAACAUCACGAAUGUCCCGCCUGACACCGUCAACGCCACCAAGCUGUACGGGACCUCCACCUUUAAGGACGCUCGUCACGCAGCCGAGGCGGAGAUCUACACCAGCCUGAACGCCAAAAUCGACCAGUUUCUCCAGCUGGCCGAUUACGAUUGGAUGGCGGCGGUGCAGGGAGGCGGGACUCUGGACACCAGCGACUACCUGACUGACCUGAUCGCUUUUCUGAAGAGCACGUUCAGCGUGUUCACCAACCUGCCUGGUAAAGUGGCCCAGACGGCCUGCAUGUCGGCCUGUAAGCACAUCUCCACCUCCCUCAUGCAGCUCCUGCUCGACCCGGAGGUCAGGCAGAUCUCCAUGGGGGCUCUGCACCAGCUCUACGCCGACGUCCAGGAGUGCGAGAGUUUUGCCAGAGCCGGCCCGGUCGCAGGCUUCCAGGGUGACACGUUGCUUCUGGCCUUCAGUGACUUGAGACAAUUACUGGACCUGUUCACCCAGUGGGAUUGGUCGACCUACCUGGCUGACUACGGCAAACCCACCUGCAAAUACCUGAGAGUCAACCCACACACGGCACUGGCCCUGCUGGAGAAGAUGAGGGAGACAAGCAGGAAGAACAACGUCUUCGCCCAGUUCAGGAAGACGGACCGAGACAGACAGAAACUCAUCGACACGGUUAUCAAACAGCUACGAAACCUCAUCGCACAGCACCACAACUAGAGCGAGCCACCUGAUUGGACGGCAGGCCCGAAGCCGCCGUCCACUUGGCUGAUCUGAACCGUCUGGCCUGAUGAGGAGGAAACUUCUCAGAUCCCGCGACCUCUGGCUGAUCUAAGCACCUUCGCUUCACCCGACCCCCGACAACUAGAACCCCAGAUCCUACUGGUCAUCUUCCUGAACAACCACAGCUGCACCUGCAGCAGCUCGUUGGAUAACAAGCCCACACGGUUCAGUCUCACUGGCAAAUUUAAGCUGCUGCAUCCAAAAUGAUAAACGUCUGCUGGGGCUACAAAAAGUGUUUACGACGGCUCUCAUCUGUGCAGCUGAUCAGGAAUCAACUAAGCCCUCCUAUUGGUUACUUCAUGACUGAAGACAAGGACAUCAGAAACUCUGGUAAAGCUUGUUGGUUAUUCCUGACGUCUCUUUACAAACUCGCUGCCUGACUCUAAACCGAGUGGUUAGAAAAGAAGCUCUCCGUUAUCUUCCCACCAGCUGACGCUAGAGCAUAAAUGGCCGUCCACACCAGCAACCAUAAACAUGUAGUUUUUUUUUUGAAAGAGCACGGUCAAGACGACGACAGUGGCGAACAACAGAAACACUGACAGCCAAUCAGAGUCCGAAAGUAUGAAUAAAAUUUUUCAGCAAAGGACGACAACUUUCGUAAUUGAUCUUUGAAGAAUUUCCAGAGCCAGCAGUAAGCUGCUGACGCGGUUUACAGAACGAGUUGCCGUUCUUGGUGUGGACGGCCUUUUCUGCUAGUUCAUUUUGAAUCGCAUACCUUGUCCAGCUGCUUUGAAUAGACUAAGGCCUCAAAUGAGUAUUAAUCCGCCUCUGAAAAUAGUCCCCAACAAAUGCACUGUUUAAUAUUGUUUUAGGAGGUUACCGAGCUGUGUUUUUUUUUUUAAAAAAGUCGGUGUGGACUAAAAAGAAAAAGAAUGGCAGCAAUCCCAUACCUGUGCACGAUGAGAAAUCUGAAACUAAAAAGACAAAAAUGCGAUGGUGGCGUGUGUAAAAUCUAAAAGGUGUAGUUAUCAAGGAGCAAAACGAGCCAAAACAAAACAAAACAAAAACAAAGUGAGCAGCUCUACGAGUUGCGUCAGGCUUUGGACGGCCUGCUUGUAGGUCUGCAGGGUGGGAGCUCGUUAGUUUUAGCUGGAAGUAGAUGGAACAGUAGAUGCCUUCAGGGACCAUGUGCGGGAAUCUGUCCUCGCCCCCUUUCUUCUCCUCUGUCGCAGUCGGCCUUUAAUGUCUUCCACAUGGCUCCCCGUCACUGCGGCACCGUGACGGGACAUACUGAAUGUACAUCAGCGAGGGGCGUCUUCCGUGGCCGAGUAUCAUUUUAGGUUGUGGGGUUUUUUAAUAUUGUGGCCAGAGAAGCACUGAAAUCAACAUCAGAGCUGGGAGGGAAAAGAAAAAGGUAUUUGUGGCGAAUAGACAGAAUGUUACUCCAUCCCUUGCUGUGUAAUAAAGGGGGAUAUUCUCACAACAUGGCAACUCUUUUCCCCUCCCAAUACACAACCUGCAAACACUUGAAUGGGUGACACUGCUUGGAUCUGGCAACUUUAAACCCUGGUCCUGACGCUUGAAAGCACAAUGAGUGUUUUGGAUUUAAAAAAAAAAAAAAAAAAAAAAUGCGGAGGGGGGUUGUUGUCCAAACUUGGCAACCCAGUCCUCCUCUUUCAGUCAAACUUGAUCACAUCUGAAUGGCGGGGAUGUUGCCUGAGCAUUUUCUACUCGUCAUGUAGAGAUAACUGGGUCUUAAAGAGGGGGAUAACGCCCCAAUCUGGCAACCGCUAUAAAGCAUGUAGUGUUUUUGUUUUGCCUGGUUGAACAGAAAUGGAACUAAUGUGUAUAGAAACCAUUGUACUAAUGCCAAGCACACACACUUUAAUGUCUUCCAUAAACAUAUGCCAAGCUGUGUGUGUGUGUGUGUGUAGUAUUGCUACUUGUACACACACACACACAUAAAGGACUGUUUAGUUAAAGCACAGCACAUAAUUACAUUCACACUAGAUUAUUUUUGGAACAAAUAUUGAUCUCUUUACUCUUUGUGUUGCUUUCUCCUUGAACCUGGGUGCAAUAAUGGCUGUGUGUGUGUGUGUGUGUGUGUGAAUUAAAAGGGAUUCCGUGUGUGUCACAAGGGAAUUUAAACUUUCCACUUCCUGUCUGUUCUACAAAGUUGGAGCGAUGAGUGUGUGUGUGUGUGUGUUUCGUUUCUCGGUGUUGCUAAGGGAAUCGGGCUGUUGUUACUGAAUGUGCCUUUGCUGUAUUUUUGUUGUAUGUUCCAGUACAGCAGCGACACUGUGGUGUGACGACUCAAAGUCCUCCAGCUGCCGUCUGCAGGAGGCGACGCAGUAGUGAUGUUCACUUUCAGCGUCAAAAUGGCGUCGUGAUUUACAAAACGGCGUAAAAACGCAUGACGCUUUAAAAAGCUUCCGUGUAAAAGUUAAGGCCAGAAUGCAGACUUCGAUCUCAUUACUGAGUGUUGAGAAGCGGGGAAAUUUAAAAUAACUGAUCCAUUUUCAGUGUGUAGAAACGAGUUUCCUGAUUGGUCUAACUCAGACGUCCUCGCGCUCGUUUAGUCUCCGGCGUGGACCGGACUCGAAGCCGCCGUCGCUGCCGCUUUUCUACUUUACAGGCAGGAAUCUUGGCUGAGAUGGAAGCACUGCACACGCUGUUGUAUUAAACCACUAAUGAAUGAAAAGUAAAAAAAAAUACUAAUAAACCUGCAACAAAUGCCAACAGACAAACAUGGAAUAAACGGAAAACUGUUGAGACGA